UUAAAAAGAGAAGUACACAUUGUUGCUAUUCACCAGGCAAAAGACUUCAUUGUAAGAUCAUGGACCAUACUAAUAGGGAAAAAGAUGAAAGGCAGCGAACAAGUAAACCCAUGGCACAAAGGAGUGGACAUCCUUCUCGACCAUCUAGUUCCAGUUCAACAUCUGGGGUUCUUAUGGUGGGACCCAACUUCAGGGUUGGCAAGAAGAUAGGGUGUGGAAACUUUGGAGAGCUCAGAUUAGGUAAAAAUCUCUACACCAAUGAAUAUGUAGCAAUCAAACUGGCGUGUUGUACUGGAGGAGUGAUCAGAGGCACAUAUUUUAAAAUUAAAGAACCAAUAAAAUCACGUGCCCCACAGCUUCAUUUAGAGUACAGGUUUUAUAAACAGCUCGGCAAUGCAGCUGAAGGCCUACCCCAGGUGUAUUAUUUUGGGCCAUGUGGGAAAUACAAUGCCAUGGUACUGGAGCUUCUUGGCCCUAGCUUGGAGGACUUGUUUGACCUCUGUGACCGAACGUUUACUUUGAAGACUGUGUUAAUGAUAGCCAUCCAGUUGAUUUCUCGAAUGGAAUAUGUGCACUCAAAGAACCUCAUUUAUCGAGAUGUCAAGCCAGAGAACUUCCUCAUUGGCCGACAAGGCAACAAGAAGGAGCAUGUUAUACACAUUAUAGACUUUGGCCUGGCCAAGGAAUACAUUGACCCUGAAACCAAAAAACAUAUACCAUACAGGGAACACAAGAGCUUAACUGGAACAGCAAGAUAUAUGUCCAUCAAUACUCAUCUUGGCAAAGAGCAAAGCCGAAGAGAUGAUUUGGAAGCCUUAGGCCAUAUGUUCAUGUAUUUCCUUCGAGGCAGCCUACCCUGGCAAGGACUCAAGGCUGAUACAUUGAAAGAAAGAUAUCAGAAGAUCGGAGACACCAAAAGGAAUACUCCAAUUGAAACUCUCUGUGAGAACUUUCCAGAGGAGAUGGCAACAUACCUUCGAUAUGUCAGGCGAUUAGAUUUCUUUGAGAAACCAGACUAUGAUUACUUACGGACACUCUUUACAGAGCUCUUUGAAAGAAAAGGCUACACCUUUGACUAUGCCUAUGACUGGGUUGGAAGGCCAAUUCCUACUCCAGUAGGGUCAGUUCAUGUAGAUUCUGGUACAUCUGCAAUAACCAGAGAAAGCCACACACACAGGGAACGGCCAUCACAACAACAACCUCUUCGAAACCAGAAUGCAUCGACAGAUCGUCGAGGAGAGUGGGAAAUCCAGCCCAGCCGGCAGACAAAUACCUCGUACCUGACAUCUCACUUGGCUGCAGACCGGCAUGGGGGAUCAGUGCAGGUGGUGAGCUCAACAAAUGGAGAGCUGAACGUUGAUGACCCAACAGGGGCACACUCCAAUGCACCCAUCACAGCGCAUGCCGAGGUGGAGGUAGUGGAGGAAGCUAACUGCCUGAAAAUGCUCAACUUGUGGUGA